AUAUUCAUUUGGGUUUGUGUAAGAUGGUUUGAGAAUUCCAUACCAAAAGAAAAGAGAAGAUGGGUUGCAAUGGAUUGGUAAGAUGGUCAAUUUUGUUCAACAUUUUGGGCUAAACGAGUGUGUCUACCCAACAUGGAAAUAAAAACUGAGCUAAAGAAUAGAGGAUCAUAAACUUCUGUGCUGACACGCCGGGAUUUUGCAAGCCUUUGAUUGAGCUUGCAGAUCGAACACAAUUGUUAUGAUCGUUCUCAACGGUGGAAAAUCCAACUUGGCACGCUCUCUGUGCUCCCGAGUUGAGAUCAAAUUUCCACAUUUUCAAUUGCUCCUCCCCAAGUUCAUUUGGAGUUCAGAUCGAAAAACACCCACUGAAGCAAUACCCAAUGGUAGCUAUUUUUCCAAGGAACAAAGAUUUCUGUCUCUUUUCAAGCAAUGCUCCGCCGUGAAAGACUUGAAUCAAGUCCAUGCUCGUACUAUCCGGUCGGGUUUCGAUCAGAAUCUCUUCGUUCUUGGCAAACUCAUUGAGUUUUGUGCGGUUUCGGCCCAUGGCGACAUGAAUUACGCUGUUGCUGUUUUCAACCGAAUCGAAAAUCCAGAUGGGUUUCUUUGGAAUACAAUGAUAAGGGGAUUUGGAAGAAUUAGUAAUCUGCCUAAAGCGUUUGAGUUCUACAAGCGAAUGCUAGAGAAGGGAAUAGCGGCAGACAAUUUCACUUUUUCUUUCUUGCUAAAGAUUUCUGGGCAGUUGGGGUCAAUUAUGUUGGGCAAGCAGUUACAUGUCAAUAUUCUGAAACUUGGCCUCGAUUCCCAUGUGUAUGUUAGGAACACGCUUAUUCAUAUGUAUGGCAGUUUAAAAGACGUCAAACUAGCACGCAACCUGUUUGAUGAAAUGCCCAAACCAGGUUUGGUAGCUUGGAAUACAGUAAUCGACUGUCAUGUCUCUUGUGGGAUGUACAACGAAGCACUUGCCUUGUUUCUUCAAAUGUUGCAGAGUGGUGUAGAGCCUGACGAAGCCACACUGGUUGUGACGGUCUCAGCAUGUUCUGCACUGGGUGCACUGGACUUUGGGAGGUGGGUUCAUUCCCAUGUGAAGCAUAACGAUAGAGGAAAGACUAUUGCCGUUUUCAAUUCAUUGAUCGACAUGUACGCCAAGUGUGGAGCAGUUGAAGAGGCCCGUGAGAUGUUUAAUGCAACAAGUGGCAAGAACAUAGUAACAUGGAACACAAUGAUCAUGGGAUUAGCUACACACGGCGAUGUAGAGGAUGCACUGACAUUAUUCUCAAACAUGUUAGCAGAGAAGAUUGUGACUCCUGAUGGCGUGACAUUCUUGGGAGUAUUAUGUGCUUGUAACCAUGGAGGAAAGGUGGAGGAAGGGAGGAGAUAUUUUGAUCUAAUGACCAAACACUGCAAUAUCCAACCCACAGUUAAGCAUUAUGGAUCAAUGGUGGACAUUCUGGGACGAGCUGGGUUUGUAGAAGAAGCUUAUCAGCUGAUACGGAGUAUGCCAAUGGAGUGUAAUGCUGUUAUAUGGAGAACAUUACUUGCAGCCUGUCGGAUGCAUGGAAAUGUUAAGCUCGGGGAGAGAGUGAGGAGCCAUGUUCUUGAGAUAGAGCCAGAUCAUAGUAGUGAUUAUGUUCUUCUUGCAAAUAUAUAUGCAAGCUCUGGUCAAUGGAAUGAAAUGAUGAAGGUCAGAAAAUCAAUGCAACGAAAAGGGGUGCAGAAACCAGAGCCUGGUAAUAGUUUUUUGGAAAUUAAUCCAUGCAGGAAGUUGGAGAUGGACACUGUUGAGAAUUAUAACAAUGCUGAAAGAAACGAAAGUUAUAUCUGAGUUUACAGUGUGCAUUCGUUUGGAGUUCUUAUUUAACAGAGCUAAAAACUUUUCAAAGGGAUGUAUCAUCUACAAGGGUGGACAGAAAUGGUUCCCUUAUCCUAUCUUCCUUCUUCGUGCACAA